UCUAAAGAUUCAGGUCACUGGCUAUCCCUCAGUCCCAGAUUGCCUGUCUUAACACACAUGUCUUUUCUGACUCCAGGCACCUGCCUAGAGUCAUCUGUUAAGACAGUAGAGGUAGGAAAGUGUAGGUGACUUUUUUUUUCUGUUCAUGUUACACCUUAAGAAUGUUCCCUGCAUUGAGUAUGCUAAUGAUAUAGCUUGGGUGUUCAGUGUCCCCAAAGGGAAUUGUGGAACCCUACCCCUCUCAUGCGGUUCCUUAGCUUCCUGGCCAUGGGGUGAGCAUUUCUUCCUUCGCCUCUCCACAGGCCCAAAGCAGCAAACCCAGCCGACCUUGAACUAGAACCUCUAAAACUGUGAGCCAAAAUAAAUCUUUUCUUUUUAGAAGUCGAUUGUCUCAGGUGUUUGUUAUAGUAACGGAAAGCUGCCUGGCACGACUUGGAAAACUAGUUUUGAUGGGUUAGGGAGAGGCUUUGAUUGUGUCCUUAAUUUUCUUGCCAGUCCUAUGGCAGGACACUUAUUUUGAACGGCCUGGAGAAGCAGUGCCCUGUUCGCCUCCCCUGACCCCCACCACCCACAAUCCUGUCAUGGCUACACAUGGACACUCCCCACCUUGUACAGCACAGAUCUGCAGCAGGAGGAGAAUAGAGGGGUCCUGGGCAGGAGAGCUUUACUGAGAGUAGUGAGCUGGCAUGCCGUGAGAGGGAGUGAGUAGGGGCCUUUCAGACAUAUACUUGCCCUGGCCACUGUGUGUGUACGCCUCAUGACGCCACAUACCAGGGAAGGGCUCCUCCAUGGGUCAUGUGGAGACCUGUGUCAUAGCUAUGGCUCUGCCAUGGGACCUUGGCCAAUUCCCUUUGACCUCUGGGCCUUGGUUCCCUUAGCUAUGAAGCAGGGUGCUGACUGGAUGACCUUUGAGGUCCUCGCCAGCUUUGACGUAAUCUUACAGUCUUAGGUUAGGGCUGGAUGGAAACGGGAUCUCUCCCCUGGGCCUGACCCUUGGAAGCUCAUGUGUCUGGUGGCUUAGCAGAUCCUGGCUUCCCAACAGGGGCAUCAACAGGCUUUCGUAAUUCCUUCUCUCUGUCCCUCUGUUUUGUUUUCCUUAACUUCCAUUUAUUGAGCACCCACUGUGUGUUGGCCACUCUGCACUUAUCUCAGUUUUCACAGUCCUCUGUUUUUUAUGGAGGAGGAAGUGGGCCCUGUCAGAUUAAAUCGUCCAAGGCUGUGCAUCCAGGACACAGAUCACACAGGUGCUUCCUAAGGGGCCAUGCUCUCAUUCAUGGCCUCUGACAGCGAGGAAGAAGUGUGUGACGAGCGGACGUCUCUGAUGUCGGCUGAGAGCCCCACACCCCGCUCCUGUCAGGAGGGCAGGCAGGUUCUGGAGGACAGAGAGAAUGCCCAGUGGAGGAGCCAGGAAAGCGAGGAGGACUGUGAGGAAGACCCUGACCAGUACGUCUGCAGUGGGGUCCCCGGGCGGCCAUCAGGCCUGGAGGAACAGCUGGCCCUGAAGUACGGGGCGAAGCACGUGAUUAUGCUCUUCGUGCCUGUCACGCUGUGCAUGAUCGUGGUGGUGGCCACCAUCAAAUCCGUGCGCUUCUACACGGAGAAGAAUGGACAGCUCAUCUACACACCCUUCACGGAGGACACGCCUUCAGUGGGCCAGCGCCUCCUCAACUCCGUGCUGAACACACUUACCAUGAUCGGUGUAAUCGUGGCCAUGACCAUCUUCCUGGUGGUGCUGUACAAGCACCGCUGCUACAAGUUUAUCCACGGCUGGUUGAUCAUGUCCUCCUUGAUGCUGCUGUUCCUGUUCACCUACAUCUACCUCGGGGAAGUACUCAAAACCUACAAUGUGGCCAUGGACUACCCCACACUCCUGCUGACCGUCUGGAACUUUGGGGCAGUGGGCAUGGUGAGCAUCCACUGGAAGGGGCCUCUGGUGCUGCAGCAGGCCUACCUCAUCAUGAUCAGCGCGCUCAUGGCUCUGGUGUUCAUCAAGUACCUCCCUGAGUGGUCGGCCUGGGUUAUCCUGGGUGCCAUCUCUGUGUACGAUCUUGUGGCUGUGCUGUGUCCCAAAGGACCACUGAGGAUGCUGGUGGAAACUGCCCAGGAGAGAAAUGAGCCCAUAUUUCCUGCCCUGAUAUACUCGUCCGCCAUGGUGUGGACAGUGAGCAUGGCAAAGCUAGACCCUUCCUCCCAGGGAGCACUCCAGCUCCCCUACGACCCAGAGAUGGAAGAAGACUCCUAUGAUAGCUUUGGGGAGCCGUCAUACCCUGAGGUCUUUGAGCCCCCCUUGCCUGGCUACCCAGGGGAAGAGCUGGAGGAAGAGGAAGAAAGAGGUGUGAAGCUAGGCCUGGGAGACUUCAUCUUCUACAGCGUGCUGGUGGGCAAGGCAGCGGCCACAGGCAGCGGGGACUGGAACACCACGCUGGCCUGCUUUGUUGCCAUCCUCAUAGGCUUGUGUCUGACCCUCCUGCUGCUUGCUGUGUUCAAGAAAGCGCUGCCUGCCCUUCCCAUCUCCAUCACCUUUGGCCUCAUCUUCUACUUCUCCACAGACAACCUGGUGCGUCCGUUCAUGGACACGCUUGCCUCCCACCAGCUCUACAUCUGACCGCGGGGAGUGGUAACUGGGAUCUGUAGGGAAUCUCGCUGGAUGCCGGUGAGGCUUUACACUCUAGUGCCAUAUAUUUUUAAGACUUUUCUUUCCUUAAAAAAAAGAAAAGAAG